AUGCUCCACAAGCGCACCAAGACUCGCGAGGGGUUGGGGCGCGGGCCAGCGGUGGGCGAACACAGAGUGCGCGUGCGGACGGUGAACGCACUCAGCGUGAUCCGUCACGCGCCGCCUGGGCCGGUCGCGCUCAAAAUUGACGUUGAGGGGUAUGAGGGACGGCUCAUGCGCAACCUCCUCCUCUCGGGCGUGCUGUGUCAGCGCGUGCAGAAUUUGUUCGUGGAGUGGCAUCUGAUGGCAAGCCAGGUUGACAAGCGCGAUCUGCACCACCCGGAUGAAGACAUCGAGAUGCCCCCCCAAACGAUGGCAGUGUACAAGUGGAUGCUGAGCACCUUCAAUCCAAAGGCGAAAGCACUAGGGCGCAACUGGCAACCGCUUGCCGACAGCUCGUGUAAUUUGACACUGUUGAAUUGGAGCCUCAACGCUUUCUUUCCAUAA